GGCGCUCAACUCUCCCGGAAACGCCGCGGCCCGGCCCUGCCGCCUUCGGGCCCGGCGCGCGCCGCCGCCCGGAACAGCCUCUCCUCCCGCCAUUUUCGGCGCGCGCUCAGGUGCCGAGCUGCCGCCUGCGGGUGCCGGGCUUGGGAAGACGCGCGCAGCCAUGGCCGCGGGCGUGGACGGCGGGGACGCGGCGGGCGCCCGGCAGCACGUGUUCUUGAUCCCAGAAUCUGUAAAAGAUGCUGCAAAGAAGAUGAAGAACGGGCUCAUGUUUGUCAAGCUGGUCAGUCCGUGCUCAGGGGAAGGAGCCAUGUACUUGUUCAAUAUGUGUCUGCAGCAGCUGUUUGAAAUCAAAGUUUUCAAGGAGAAACACCAUUCUUGGUUUAUAAAUCAAUCAGUUCAAUCAGGAGGUCUUCUCCACUUUGCCACACCCAUGGACCCUCUAUUUCUGCUGCUGCACUACCUCAUGAAGGCAGAUAAAGAGGGAAAGUUUCAGCCCCUGGCUCAAGUUGUGGUGGAUGACAUAUACCCAGAUUGUGUAUUGUUGCUGAAACUUCCAGAACUGGAGAAGCUACUUCGCCAUGUGACUGAAGAGAAAGAAAUAGACAACAGAAAAUAUUAUAAAUAUAGCAAAGAGAAGACCUUAAAGUGGCUGGAAAAAAAGGUGAAUCAAACUAAGGCCGCAUUAAAAACCAAUAAUGUGAAUGUUGGUAGCCGGGUCCAAUCAAUAGCAUUUUUCUCUGGUAACCAAGUUGCCAGUGACAGUGAAGAGGAUUAUCUGCGCUAUGCCCAUGGUCUGAUAUCCGAUUACAUCCCUAAGGAAUUAAGUGAUGACCUAUCUAAAUACUUGAAGCUGCCAGAACCUCCAGCUCUAUUGCCAAAUCCUCCAGCAAAGAUGGCAGCACAAAGACAGAAAAGGAAAACGUGAAGGUGGCUCCACCCGUUUGGCUACUUCUCCUGCAGCUUCAGACACUGCAAAAGCACUUAAGACUUUCUCUUCUGCACUUUCUGAAAAAGCACCAAAUACCAAAAGGUGCAUUGUCAAGAACUAGCUUUGUAUGGUUAGCUCCUUGAUAAACAUCACAAGACUGUGGGCAGCGUCAUUUCCACCUGGAACUCCCAUGACCUGGAGUUCGACUGUGACUCCACAUCACCCUCAGUGCUGGGUUAUCCCAAUACUCCUGUGCGAUGUUUCAGAUAUGAGGGUUCCUCGUGAGAUUGGGUCAUUUUGUAAGCCUGGUCCUGUUGGUUUGUCCUUCAGUCGAGUUAGUGUAUCUUACUUGUGCAUAUGGUGACUUAAGCUCUUGAUUUGAUGCUGAAAGUUUGGGUGAACUAAGUUUCAACCCUCACUUUAAAUAACUUGCAAAAAAUCCUAACCCUUUUUUAUUCCUUAUCAACCUGGCAGCCUCUGAUUCAUAACAGUACUUAAACAUCUGCACUUUAUGAUCUCCUGGAGUUAUUAAAAAUGGCUUCAUUUUUAAAAG